UGAUGCAUAAAGCAGGCAAACUGCCCCCUAAACAACGACAUUUUACUUUUUACUUGACUUCCACGCAUCAUGCACGCUCUACAGAAGUGUUUUCUAGUCACAGCUGUGACAUGCCUCAUACAAAAUGCACUGGGAAGUGAAAUCAUAAAUGGCAAAAAGGCUGAGGAAAAGUCCAUGCAGUAUAUGGCAUCAGUACAAAACAACACUGAACACAAAUGUGGAGGAUUCCUUGUCAGUAAAGACUUUGUAAUGACUGCUGCGCACUGUCCUUUUGAGAAUCCUAAAUCCUUAAGUGUUGUUCUGGGCACUCAUGAUCUCAGGAAGGCAGAUAAGAAAAUGAGAUAUGGAGUAAAAAUGAUCUGCAGACACCCUGCCUUCAAGGAAGUUGAAGAUGGGAAUGACAUCAUGCUCCUCAAACUGUCUAAGAAAGUUCCCCUGGGUGACAAAAAACCAGUUAAGCUAAUUGAACUUCCAAUUCAAAAACUAAACCUGAAGGAAAACAAGAUCUGCAGUGUAGCUGGAUGGGGGCCCACAGAACCUGGUAAACACCAAACUGUUAAUGAGCUGCAAGUGUUAAAUGUUCCCAUCAUUAACAAGGACAAGUGUCAGAAGCUGUGGGGAAUAACUUUAAAAAAUGUUAUUUGCGCCGGUGGAUACAAAGCAAAGAGUGGAAUCUGUCAGGGUGAUUCUGGUGGUCCUCUCGUAUGUAACAAGUUGGCUGUUGGCAUUGUUUCCUUUAACAGCGACAAUGGCUGUAAAUAUCCAGAUGUCCCAAACGUCUAUACAGAUAUAUCACAAUUUCUUCCUUGGAUCACAGAUAUUCUCAAGAAAAAAAAAUGCAAAGGGUAAAAAAUAUUUUCAAUGGUGUUAUGGGUGUAUUGUAAGACUGUUGGGCAAGUGAUAUGUGAGCUGUGUAAACUGCUUAAAUUCUGCAAUAUCUAACAUUAAAGGGCCUUU